GGUAUCAGCGCUUUGUUUGUAAUUGUUUUCAAAAGUCUAUUUUAAUGUUGUAUCAUUGCAGUGACGUAACUCUGGGUGUUCGCUCCAGUCAGCCUGUGUCACCGUUGCUUUUCAAAAUUUCACAAUAGAUGUACAAACCAGGGACUUUGUACAAUUCUUCUUCACUAUAUAAUUAUAUGCACAAAACAUGUCGGAUGAUCAGUCAUUUCCUAUAAAUGCUGACCUUUUUGUAAGAAGAACAUGAAGUUCAUUUCUUCCAAAAUGCCUGCGAUUCGAAAGGCGAAUUCCAUAUUUAUUUCAGCUGUCGCGUUGCUGCUUAUCGCUUACUGGCUACGUGAUAUUUUACGCAAGGACCUGCCUCUGGAUAUAAGUCAGGUGAUAUUUUUUUGAUUACUUUUAUAGUCUUGUAGGUAAUAAGCUCAUUAUCACAUGUGGAGUAUUCUCAUCGACCUCUUCCCCAAAGGAGUCCAGGACCUAAAGUUUUAGUUGGAUUUGGAGGAUGUGUAGACUUGAGAGUUCGCGCACUUUCUCUUUUUGAAAGGAUGAAGUUGUCUGGAUUCGCAAAUAAAACUAGUGACCCCACUAAGCAUCAAAGAAUUGAUAGUAUACAAGAUUUUAUGAAUGAAUUUUACUCCUCUUUUAUUCUUGGUGCGGCUGUUGAGAGGGUGGUUCACAAUGUAACCUUGUUCAAAGAGAUGGUGAAUGAAGCUUCCGAGCUGAUACCUUUCGUUUUACGCAAAAAAUUACUUUCCCCAACUGUAACUGGAUCUCAUCCUUAUGGUUCUGAAAGUUUUGGUACUGGUGCAUCUACAACUCAACCCGUUGCAUGGUGGAGUCUCGGUGGUAAUGCUCCAGUCAUGGCUAGCAGAUUGGCUCGUGAAGGUGCGCAGGUGGCUUUGGCUGCUCGGUUAUCUCAGAGACAAAUAUCUCAUUUACCUUCAGGAGUAAAAGUUUUAAUGGCACCCCCGGAUUUCGGUUUACCUGAUAUUCCUGAAGAAGAUAUUCAUUUGGUUUUGGAAUAUGAAUCAGGAGACAAAUUAGAAGACUCAGUUGCACCACGUGCUAAUCGGUAUAUUCUUGUACAUGAUGUAGAGAAUCCUUUACUUAGUGGUUUAUGGCCGGGAUUACUUGAAACUUGGCAACGUCAUAAUUCUGAAUCUGCUGUUGAAGAGAAAGAGUCUGCAACUAAAAAAGAGGCACCACCUAUACCUGAUUUGUUUGUACUAGGUGGUUUACAAGUAAUGGACAACAUCCUAUCAGUAGAAGAGACUAAAAUAAGGACGUCUCGGAUAAACGAAUUAAAUCUAUUUCUCAGUUCAUUACCAUCGGAAACAUUAAUUCACUUUGAAAUGGCAUCUUAUGUUAAUAAAGAUUUUACAAUGGAUCUAUUAAAAACUGUAUUACCCCAUUCGGAUUCAAUUGGUUUAAAUGAGCAAGAACUGCCAAAUCUUGUCAGUCUACUUUCAAAUAAUACUGUUACGCAUAUUAGUACAGCAUAUCCUAGAGCAGCUCAUAUGUUAGAUAACAUGCGUUCUGUAUGGGCAUACAUGAAUGAUCCAAAUCUUCCACGUGUUAAUUCAGCUAGUGGACCAAAAUGGCGUCGAUUAUCUCGCCUACAUUUACAUUCAUUAGCUCAUCAAAUUAUAAUGGUUCGUCGUCAUUCAAAGGGUGGUGCUGUUGCUCGUGAACAAUUGAAAGCACAUCAAAGUUCUGGUAUUCUACCACCGCGUCGUUCUGACAUUGGUUUAGCAUGGCCGUUUACUAGAGCUGCUGUAGCUAAAGCAAGUCUUAUAGCCCAUCGUCAUACAUGCGCUGCAUCUUCCAUUGAUCCGGUAAAAACUCGUUUACUAAUGGAUGACUCGUUUGCUGUCACCGCUGAUCCUAUCACUUGGAAAUCAGUCUUACAAAAUGAUAAUCAAAUUCCUCGUAUCAAAUUCAAUCAUUCUGAACCUGUUGCCUGUUGGACAGAACCUGAACCUCAGAUACAAUCUGAACAUAAUCAGUCAGAUCUAGAGAAUUCGAUUAGAGAACUUCCAUUCGAUACACAAAUUGAAAUUUGUAUCGCUCCUGUUCUUGUUUGCUCACAAGUUAAACAAACAGCUGGUGCUGGAGAUAAUAUUUCAGCCGCAGCGCUUAGAACUCAAAUUGUAUCUCGUUCAUAAAUUUUUGUAGACUUUUAUGUGUAUAUUCUAAUCCAUAUGUUAGAUAAUUGCUAAGAUUAUUUUACUUUUCUUUUAAAUUUUGACCACAAAUAAUAUUUUGUUUAACCUGUUUGAACUUUUGAAUUAAAUUGUUUGUAUAACUCUAUAAGUGGAGUGUGAUAAAUUGCAUUUUGUUCAUUAUCUUGACCUUUUUUUCACUUUUCACAACUAUUUAACCUUUAUUAAAAUUGCAGAGAAAUUAAAUUUCGUAUAAAUCUUAUUAUCAUUUACUUUAAAUGUAUAGUACGACCUAGAGAGAAAAUUGGCUGAGAGUUUUUUAUCUGCUAAUUAACUGACGAAUAUAGUUACAAUUUUCUAGAUUUAAUUUGUACGGAUUUCAUUUGUUUCAAGUUUUACCAAGG